AUGAGUACUAUUACAAAUAAUCCUCCAGAAAUUGAUGAAAAUAUAAAUGUUCGUAAUACUCAACGGCCAGUAAAACCUCGAUACACAUUGUAUCAUUUGAGUACCUUUUUAUUAACAUUUGUUAGUUAUGCUAUGUUACAUGCUGCACGAAAAGUGUUUUCUAAUGUUAAAUCAACAAUGGCUGAAGAAUGGAGUACAGUAGCAAAUGAAACACUUAAUCCAGUGAAACCGGAUGAUAUUUGGAAUCAAUAUCGUCUCUAUAAUUCACCAAAAGAUGCUACUGUUUUCUUAGGUGUACUUGAUGCAGCUUUUAUGUUUUCUUAUUCAGCUGGAUUAUUUAUCAGUGGUGUCAUUGGUGAUCGAUUUGAUCUUCGUAUUGUUCUUUGUCUUGGAAUGGUCGUUACAUCUAUUAUGAUUUUUUUAUUUGGUGUAUUAAGUGAAUGGUUACAUAUAUACUCAAUUGGUUGGUAUAUUUCCUUUUGGAUUCUUAAUGGUUUAGCGCAAUCUACUGGAUGGCCAUGUGUAGUUAGUAUAAUGGGAAAUUGGUUUGGAAAAGAAGGUCGUGGCCUUAUUUUUGGUGUAUGGAGCGCAUGUGCUUCAGUUGGCAAUAUAUUUGGUGCACUAUUAGCUGCUACUUUUCUUACAUACGGUUAUGAAUAUCCAUUCCUUGUUUGUGCAGUUUUAUUAUUAUGUUGUGCUAUCAUUUGUUUUUUUGCUAUUAUUCCAUCACCAGCAGAUGUUGGUAUAAAUACACAAGAAGCUCAUGCAUCCAUUAAUGCACCAUCAGCAGCUACAAUUAAUGACCACGAAGCAAGUGAAGAAACAGAAAGACUUAUAAAUGAAGAUCAAUCGCCAACAAAUAGGCCAAUAACAUUUGCGCGUGCAUGCUUGUUACCCGGUGUACUUAUGUAUUCAUUAUGUUAUGCUUGUCUAAAAUUAGUUAAUUAUUCGUUCUUUUUUUGGCUUCCAUUUUAUUUACAUUCGAAAUUUAAUUGGCAAGAAUCAGAUGCUGAUUUACUCUCAACAUUAUAUGAUGUUGGUGGUAUUAUUGGUGGAAUUGUUGGUGGUCUCAUUUCUGAUAUAAUCGGUUUACGAUCAAUUGUUGUCGUACCGUCAUUACUUAUUGCUAUCCCAACUUUAUUUAUCUUUAGUGGUUUACCUAAUAAUAAAGCUGUCAAUGGAUUAGUAAUGACAAUAACCGGUGUAUUUAUUGGCGGUCCAGCUAAUAUGAUUAGCGCUGCUAUAACUGCUGAUCUUGGACGACAAGAAAUAUUGGCUGCUAGUGAUCAAGCUCUAUCAACAGUAACGGGUAUUGUUGAUGGAACAGGAAGUUUCGGAGCAGCUAUUGGACAGGUACUAAUUCCAAUUAUUCAAAAACAAUGGAGUGAUUGGCGAUUCGUUUUUUACUUUUUCAUUGUUAUGACAUUUGUUACAUGCUGUUGCAUUCUACCAUUAUUUAUUCGAGAAUGUAAAAUUGUUUACAAUAAAAUUAAAAAUCGAUAUACAGGCAAUCGUCAAGAACCUUAUAACACAAUAUAA